AGUGUCUCUGGAUAGACACAGAACCUCAUCAUAGCAUAUAUUGUUACAUUACACUCCCAACAGAACAAUGGGUGGAACCGAGAACCGAUACCGAUACCGUUGACAGGCGAGCUGGGCGUAAACCCAUGGAGCCGAGGGCCGUAACCAGUGGAAGAAAUAAGUAAACAAAACAAAAACAUAACCCUAUUUUUUGUAAGAGCAUUAUAUUUGAGUCAAAUAAAUCCCGUAUCUCCAUUGAUCAAACUUUUCGUCGAAAAAUUAAUAAAACAAAUUUUUGAACGAUGUGAAGAAAACGAAUUUAAUUCAGAUCAUACAAUUGUCAGUAGCUGAGAGGUUAGAAUUCAUUUCAUAUGACUAAUUCCUGACUAGUUUGAUAAUCUGAACAACUGAAAGACUGAUACAGAAAUUUCUUAAAAAUGCUGGUUGUAUUGAUUUUCUGGGGGAUCACAAACGUUUUGGGGGUUGAGGAUACUCUACUUGGUUGUUACAAAGAUUCUCCUGUAGUAAUUAUUGAACAGUACCGCACAAAACCAGAGUGUAUCAAAGAUUGUUACCACAAAUAUUAUAGGUACUCCAGUAUUCUUAAUGAAGGAAAUUGUAUGUGUGGUAAUUAUUUAGGAGAACAAGUUUCAAAUGGAACGUGUAGUAGUUGUGAAACAUGUGAUUUUAAGUUGAACUUGACUGAUACUUAUUCUACAGGAAAUUUAGUGCCUGGUCCUCCAAGAAAUUUUCGAAUAACCAAUAUAACGGAUCACAGUGUAAGAAUAUCAUGGCAAGAACCUGAAUCUUUUGUAGACAUUUUUAAAUAUCAAAUCAAAGCCAUUGUGAUACACACCUAUUCAAGCUAUUCUCCCGUCAGUCCUGAGUGGAUGUACUCGAAUAAUACAUUUCAAACUGAACUUAUCACUUUGUUACCUGCUACAAGGUAUAAUAUUACUUUGUCUACAAAAUCGCCAGAUGGGGACGGAGCAUUGGUUUUUAGAAUUAUCGAGACAAGAAUUGGUGAGCCUGACAGUUUGCCAUCAAAACCAAAGAUAUUAGAGAGUAAGGGAACUGAAAUAAGUUUGCAGUUGAUGCCAACUCAAAACAAUAAUGGUCCAGUGUCUGCAUACAGAAUUAUAGUGAUAAAUGAUGAUGCCAAACAAAGUUUCGAAGAACAGAGUCUCUAUUCAUAUCAUGAAGCUAAUAAAAAUGGUUUGGCUUAUUACAUAGCAGCUGAAAUCAACCCAAAGGAUAUCAACAGAGUAUUUGUUGUUGGUGAUGGACAGUCCUAUGGAAAUUACUACAAUGCUCCACUAGACCCAAAUAUAAACUACAAUAUUAUUCUUGCUAUGGUGAGUCGAAUAAAUGAAACAGAAAAAAUUGUAUACAGUGAUGCCAGCGUAACUGGAAAUGGGGUGUCUAUAUUAAAUGUUAAUUUUGAUCAAGAUGAGGGAGAUUCACCAGCAGUUAUUAUAGGACUCUCGGUAGCAAUAGGAGUUCUUACCUUCAUGUUGAUAGCUGGAAUAAUAGGGUUUAUUUUUCUCAAGAGCCGAAUUGUGAACAGAAGACAUAGACUCUCUGACAAUCAAGAACUGACUCUGCAGGGACCUAUGAUUGAAGUGGAAAACAAUGGGUAUAUCCAUGAAGACGAACAAGUUCCCGUUAAUCAUUAUAGAAACCUUAAGCAGAGAGUCCGUACCAUUACUUCUAACCAACUGAAGAUUGAACCAACUAAUUUACUUGGAGUAGGUAAAUAUGGCAGAGUGAAUAGCGGAACUCUUCACGAAAACGACACCAUGAUCCCUGUAUCUGCUUAUACUAUUCAGGAUAAAAAAAUGUCUCAGGAAACCAAAAAAUCGAUGCUUCAAGAUUUGGAUGUGCUGAUCAAAGUAGGAAAGCAUGAAAAUAUCAUAGCCCUAAUUGGAACAUGUGAGACAUCAAAUAUUGUGUAUGUUGUGAUGGAAUAUGCCCCUAUGAAUCUCAAAGAUUUAUUGUUGAGUAGUAGAGACUCGGUGCCUGGAAAGUUUAGCAGCAUGUCAGAAACUCAAGCUCUUGAUAUUUCUAUUCAAAUUGCGAGGGGAAUGGCUCAUUUAGAAUCUUGCAAAGUUUUACAUAAGCAGCUCUGUGCACGAAGUGUGAUGAUAUCAAAUAAAUUUAAUGCAAAAAUUAGUGGAUAUGGCAUUGCUCAGUAUUUCAGUCACAACAAAAUUCCAGAUUAUACAAGGUGGACAGCUUUGGAGGUAUUCAAGAAUCAACCUCACAAUCCUACAAGUGAUAUUUGGUCCUUUGCUUGUUUGUUGUGGGAGAUGUCUUCCUUAGGUGGAACACCAUAUGGUAAUAUUGCAAGUAAUAAUGAAAUUCCCGAGAAAAUACUUAAAGGCUUGCGUCUCCCACAGUUACAGUAUAUAAGUGACGACUUGUAUCAGGUUAUGUUAGAUUGUUGGCAGCUAGAUUGUGAUGAAAGACCCAAGUUAUGUUCAAAAUAUGCUUCUUGGUUCUUAUUGAAUGUAUGA